GUUACCAGUGCCGCCUUAUUGACUGAUUGGACGACAGCGGUGGCAGUGCCCCGGGGCCGAUACACUAAGCUCUGAAGCUGAUAGACAGCGGAUGUCAGGCUUCAAAACGAUUGUUGCCCCGCGAACAACUACCGUGGGACAUUAUAUUAUCAAGCUACUUCGUGUCUAGUUAUGACCUCGACAAUGUCGGAUGAAGGUUUGGAGCGUCUUCCGCCGAAUCUCUAUGAGAUAUUAGGUGUCCUUCCCACCGCAGAACUACCCGAAAUUCGAUCAGCCCAUCGCAAGCUAAUCCUCAAGUGCCACCCUGACAAAUACCAGGACCCAGAACUAAAGGAGCAAAAAAGAAAGGAAUUUAACCGCGUUCGAGAUGCUUAUGAAAUUCUCUCCAACGAUACAGAGAGGACGAGAUAUGACAUCAAGGUGAAAUCGGAAGCAGAACUGGCAAAGAUGGAAUUGAAAGCUACCAACCUAGACUGUGCAAUUCUUGAACAUAAUAUCUCAAUCCUAAUAGAUCUUUAUUCGGAAACCGAACAGCAAUUUCAUAAUGAGGAAUAUCCAGCGCCAGGGAAGGGUGUAUCUUCUGGUAUUCUUGUUGCUCGAGGACGAAUCGACGGUACGCGUACUUAUGCUAUUCCGGAUACUGGCGCCGAGUGUAACAUUAUAACUGCUUUUUUUGCAUCUACGCUCAAGCUCAGAAUCAAGCGUCACAGAGAAGGAGAGGAAGUUCGCCUUCUCACCGCAAAUGGAAGAUACAUGGUGACGCGCGGUACUACGGAGGUUAACUGGCAGUUCGCAUCCGAGGCGCCGCGAACAUUCAGGGUUACUUUUCACGUUCUAGAAGAGUUCAUGUAUAAUUUGGUCCUUGGAAAUGCCUUCUUGAUGGAGACCAAAACCAUGUCUCAUCACAAGGGUCGUUUAUCUCGCAUCCCAAGACCGACGAAUGCACUGUCUGUUUUGAGAGUCAACCUUCUAGGUCAAACAAGUCAAAGAGUACGAGGUCAUAUUCGUACGUCCGAUGUACUGGCACUUCCUGACUCCGGAUCGGAACCGAACCUCGUGUCGUGGAAAUUUGUCACGGAAAAUGGUUUAGAGACCCUGAUCAACUGGAAUGACAGACGACUACUUCAGUUUGCCGAUGGGAGCCUCGCAAAAACAGAAGGGUCCAUCCGGACGCAAUGGAGAUUUGCUUCGAGGUAUCCAUUACACUGGUCGACUAGAGGCGUCAAGUUUCACGUAUCCCAUGACUGCAUCUACGAUGUCAUCAUCGGGCAAAAUGUUCUCAUGGAGACAGACGCAUUCCUAUAUCACAGCCGGGACUUCGUCCGCGCCGAAUCCGAUCCCGAGUUUGCCGGGAUGAAUCUCGUUAUCUUCGCGCCGAAGAAAUUAAAGAAAUCUGCGUUGUCCCCUCGCGCAGAUGACGCAAUUUACUCGGAGCUGCAGCGUCGUGCGAGGGCAGAUAAUGAGGAAAGACGGGCACAGAAUGAUGCCGCACGAAGUUUGGCAGAGGCUAGACGAGGGACGGCUAACGGGACGUCUGGUAUCUCUAUCGACCCAGCAUUCCACGAUAAUCAUCAGGAGGAUGUCGAAAGCCGCGCUCAUUGACAGAAUAGACCAGGUCAACAAAAGUCGCCAAGGGACGUGGGCCGCGUCACCGGAAACACCAGCAAAGACACGUCUAACAGAAACAAGUUCGGUCGUAUGAAAUCGCUAGCUUCUCUUAACUUCAGAAAUAAAUAAACCAGGUCCGAUGCUUACAGUUACGUACGGAUAGCACAGCGCAGAAACAUUCGUCCAGUCCCUUACAGCCGGAUAAGGCUUUUACAUAAGGUCGGAAUUUCUUUUUAAUAGGAACGUACUGUAGGACAGGUCGCUCUAAAUGAGCUCCCCGAAGCAGCAGUCUACACUACGUCCAUAAAACUCAUAUCUCACGUUCAGGCUUAUGGACAGGCUGUGCCUGAGAAUGAUAAAACAUCCACUUGAAGAUCCCGUGAUUUUUUUUUUCUAGUCUUCUUCAACUUGUGGUUGCAUGGUAUUGGCAGGCAUUGUGCUUAUUAUAACCCGAACUAAGAUUGAAUCGCUCUGAUAAAUUUGAGAUGUCUUGUAUGAACAUACCUACUCUGUGAUACCAAAAUUGAGG